CUGCACAACCACCAAAGGGCGGAAAAAGAACGUUUCUAAUACGAACUGGCACAAUGAUGCACAUGGACUCAUCGUGGAUUAUUAAAUACAGCUCUGCCUGGAUGGAUUUCGCCGAUCAGCAUUGUAAUUUGCAAAAAUAAUAUAGAUUUGGUAUCGCUCCUUCGGAGGUGAGCCAGGUUGCAGUGACAUGGUAAUAUUUUUUGAAUGGCACCGGACAGCUGUGGACCAGAAGAGCAGCAGUAGUUUGCCAAUGACUGGUGAAGACACUGGUUUGGGGGCUUUGGCCUCACCACUGGUGGGGUAUUUGGGAAAAGUUCAGGAAAGAGCUGCUUCACUGGAGCAUUGUCCCUGGUGUACUUCAAAGGGCUUGACCUGUGUGCUGCGCUCUUACCGCAUCAACCUCCAGGAGUCAAUCACGCUCUGCACAAACCCACAGUGCCUUUUCCCUCUGGUCAGCCGAUCCUUGGAGGAUGUUUUGGCUAGCUUGGAUCCUGUGAAGCCCACCGUUGGGAACAAAAGAAAAAAUGCCUUGGUGCUGGAAAAGGAAGAGUUGAUUGGACCCGUACACAAACGCCUGCGUCCAAAUGAACUCGACAGUCUUGGGCAGCAAAGUAUUACGGACACACUCAUCAGCCAAGUAGGGCAUGGGGCUUUAAACGUUGUCAGCAAUGGCCAACAUGCAGCACCCAAGACGCCUGAUGAAAAUUUAAAUGGAUACAGCGUUUCUCCAGGUGCAGAGUUAUUACGAGAUGAGGAUGAUUUUCUGGACCAGGAACCAGAAAAUGCUGCUUGUACAUAUGGUUUGACUCCUCCUGCGUGCUUGACACCAGCUGGACACCUGCCGUGCUCAUCAGAAGCCACGUUGACCGCUGACGGGGAUGAGUCUGCAUUCGUUCCUCACCUUGGUGCUCCUGAUACAGCAGAGGCAGAGGAUGACUUCAGGGAGGUGAAGAGUCCUCCUGAAGUUCUAAACGGACGCUUCAGUCUGGACUCCAACCAGUCAUCUUUUACAGGCGACGAGUUUGAUUCUACUGGAUAUAAUACUACAUCGCUUUCGUACAAUGAGGAGUCAGCAAAGACGGAACAGAGACCACUGAAUGCGGACCUCAUCUUAUGUAAGGACAUAGGGGGCAUUAAGUCAGAAACGGAGGUUUUGUUCUCGACCACGAUAACCACAGAGUCAGACGAGCUUGUAUCUGUUCCGAAUCAGCUUUUCUGGAGUAACAGCGACAAACUGUGUUGGCUGGACUCGCUGCUCGUUGCUUUGGUGAACUGCAAGAGCUUGAGAAGGUGUAAACCUAAAGUUGAGCCUCAGCGGUCGCCUGUCUGGCAGCUGAUGAGAGGAUACGAAGACGUUUAUGCUGCAAUCCAAGUCCAUCAACAGACUGGCAGAGAUGGCGACGUGAGGGUGCCAAUUCAUGUGCUGCAAAAGGCCAAUGCAGACCUUCAGAGUCUCAGGAUGUCAAUCUUCAAACUACUGCAGCCCAUGCUGCAUUGCAAACUUGGCCAGAGGGAAACUCCGGUAUUUGCCAUUCCCCUUCUGCUGAAGAUGGACUCCUGGGCCGAAACUCUGUUCCAGUCGACCUUUCAAUGGGAGUUCAAGUGCAGUGAAUGCAAAACUGCUACGAAAGAAAGGGUUAUAAAAACUCUCCCCACCUUCACAAAUGUUCUGCCUGAUUGGCGCCCACUUGAUGCCGUCCACUUGGCCCCGUGCAAUGUGUGCUGGCAGAAGAAUCAGAGGAGGACUAUGAUGCUGGAGAGUGUGCCUGCGGUGUUUGAGCUGCACUUUGUAGAAGGACUUCCUGACAACGAUGUCAGAAUCUACACCUUCACCUUCAAGGGGAAACGCUACUCGAUCUCCACUGUCAUACAGUACAACCAUCAACUUCAGCACUUUGUCACCUGGAUUUCUAAUUCUGAUGGAUCAUGGCUGGAAUAUGACGACUUGAAACAUCCAGACUGUAAGACCCACCAAAAGCUCCCGGUCCCUGCUCAGGAGAUGCAUGUCGUCUUUUGGGAGGUGGAGGAAGAUAAAGAGCCUCGUGCAUGUUCUCCCUCCAGCACAUUUCCUGAAUCUCCCCCAUGUAAAAAUGAGAUGAACCCCAGUCUAAGUGACAAAGGCUUAACAGUGGUCAAACUGUUGACUUGCGCUACUGAUCAGUCUCUUCUCACGUCUCACAACGACACUGACAGCGUCCGUGCGCUCUCAGCAUCUGAUGACGGCAGCAGCAGCUUCAUGGACACAACAGUCACAGCCGAAUUUGACACAUCGAUCGGUUCCACAACGCUGCUGGACGCCUUCGAGGGCCUUUCCCAUAAUGACAUCAUUACACUCACAAUGGUGGAGAUAAAAGUUGAUUCAGAAAUACCGCCUUUAAAUGACAACGAACAAACCAAGGAUUUGAGUGUUCCCAGCCGGGAUCAAAAACUCGACUCUACACCGGAUAGCUCCUCCGCAGUAAUGUAUAGUGAAGCGUCUCACAACCCUGCUGUUGAGCUCUCCUCACUAUCCAAUUCAUCGGAAUCUGUUGAAGGCUCGUCUAGUGAUCCUACAUUUGUGCCUGGUGUCAAGAGAGGACGAGGGAGAGGGAGAGCAGUUGACAGAGGCAAAAGAGUUGGCAGACAAAUAGUUGGCAGACAAAUAGUUAAAAAGGCAGCAGUGCCAAAAGCAGCUCUGCAUAUUUCACCACCUGCAUCUUUGGAGCCCUCCAAAGUAAUCAGUAGUGAACCUGAGAGUGCUGCUGCGGAUGACACACCGCCUGUUGAAACUGCACAGCAAGCAGCCCCCUUGUCUUCCACUGAUAAGUCAUUGAAAAGUCCCACAAUGCCUCCUCAGCAGGCCCACUGGUCCUUCCUGCUCAGCAAACACCCAGUAAACCAACUUUACAAGUCGAUUGCAAACCUCACCCCCAGCCAUACACCCAUCUCUGUCACACAGGCAAAGCCCACUCCUCCCACUCGCUCUACGCCCAACCCUGUGAGAAAACCGCAGACUCCUGGAGGACUCUUCCAUAAACCCCAGCUCAGGACGGAGGAGAGUGAGGGUCUCCCACUAAAAGCUGCAGAAAUGUACGGUGGAUUCGGUGCAAAGCGCUCAAUCACCCCAAGUCCCCUCCCAUCUUACGCACUUCUCAAUGGCAAAUCAAAGCUGUGUCAACCCAUAACUUCUAACCACCAGAAAUCGCUUACGAACACUACAGUGGUGUCUGGUACAUCGCUUUCUAUGCCCGGAGCAACGCGACUCUCUGAAAUGUCCUCCUUAAAGAAACAUAGCAGCCAGUCCUCGAAGCUUCCUCCGGGUCUCAGCGACACAGAAGCCCUCAGGUACAAGCUGAUAAAGAAACUGAAGGCGAAGAAGAAGAAGCUCGCUAAGCUGAAUGAAAUGUUGGGUUAUCAGGGCAGAGCAAGCCUCCGACCGGACAGCACUGACCUGGGCUCCCCAAACACCGUCACCUCCAGCACCUACGACGGCUCCAUCUGCGGCGAGUUCCUCUCGGACCUGCUCUCGCCAGCAACGACGGCCAGCAACCUUUCACCAGACAGCACCGGCUUCCUCGAGAUGCUCGCCGAUGGGCAAGUCGACCAGUUGACCUGUGGCGUCAAUGCCGCAGGUGCAGUUCAGCAGAUGAACGCGCCCAACGCCGAAAACUUCCUGGAGGAGUUUCUCUCGCAGGCUGUGGCUCAGACACCGACUGAGAUGGAGACAGACGCCCUCAGUGAACUUUUCGUUUGACCUGUGGGGCUUUGUGAAAUGUAAUAUAGAGAAGUGUUGUGAACACUUCUGUUAAACCGUCGAUGACGUUUGUAAAUCUUCUCUCUGCAAGUUUAGCACUUUGUUGUGUAAAUAUUGGAUGUAACUGGGUUGUAUGAAGCAAUCAUUUACAGAAAAAGCUGUUUGUUUGCUAUGUUUUGUUAAUUUGACAAAUUACUUGAAAAAUCUCAUGGCAAUUUUUUUUUAAGGCGUCAUUUAAUAAAUUCUUUGGAUGACUCGAAUGUGUCUUGUACAAAAUGUCAUUAUGCAAGUUAACAAUAUAGGAAAUGUGUGUGUGUGUGGUGUUUCAGCUUCUUAGAGGAAUAAAAUAUAUUUUUUUAUGUCA